GACAAGCGGACUUUAUCCACUGUUAACACAAACUUCCACAUGCUGGGGUGUAGUAGAUGGAAAUAGGCAGCAGUUCAGUGUUUUGGACUUGAGAAUCGUGACUGAAGUUAUAAUUUAGCCAGCGGUUAUUGCUAAAGGGGUAAUCUAGUCCGCUUGCUAUUAUUACCUGUUGAGCCAAAUCCGAGACGUAAACUGCGUCGUUUACACAUUUUGUUACAUGAGGCGUUUACAAACAUAGUGGUGUCUGAGCUAUCCAAAAUUAUUUUCCUCGUUCGUUAUUGUUCUGCUGUGUACUUUCAGUCCAAGCACAUUCGGAUUUGUUGAUCAACAGCAAUGGGAUUACACCCUUUGGAGUUCAGUGAAUGCUACCUGGACAGUCCGUCUUUCAGGGAGAAAAUAAAGGAACACGAAGCAGAGUUGGAUAAAACGAGCAGAUUUAUAAAAGAACUUCAUAAGGAUGCAAAGAAUCUCAUCAAUGCCACUAAACAACUGGGGAUGGCUCAGCGUAAGUUCGCUCAGUCCCUGGGCCAGUUUCAGUUCGAGUACAUCGGAGAUGCUCGGACCGAUGAUGAGAAAUGCAUUGACGAAUCGUUGCAGGAGUUUGCGUCUUUCCUGAGGAACCUGGAGGACCAGCGGGAGCUCAUGAUGCGGAACAUCACGGGGGCCCUGCUCAAACCGCUGGAGCAGUUCCGGAAAGAACAGCUGGGCUCGGCAAAGUUGGAGAGAAAGAAGUAUGAGAAGGAAACGGAAAAGUACUACAGCUCCUUGGAGAAGCUCCUAACUCUCUCAGCCAAGAAGAAAGACCAGCAGCUACAAGAGGCGGACCAGCAGGUGGAGGGGAUGAGGCAGCACUUUCAGGAGCAGUCGCUGGAGUACGUCUGCAGGCUGCAGGAGAUCCAGGAGAGGAAGAAGUUUGAGUGCGUGGAACCGAUGCUGGCAUUCUUUCAGACGGUUUUCACCUUCUACCAUCAGGGAUUUGAGCUAGCCAAGGACUUCGACCACUACAAGACGGCUUUGCAGAUCAACAUUCAGAAUACAAGAAGUCGUUUUGAGGCCACCAGGUCAGAGGUGGAGGACCUGAUGAGGAAGAUUCAAGAAUGUCCUCAGGAGCACAUACAGACCAGCCAGCUCAGCAUCGAGGGCUACCUCUUCGUCCAGGAGAAACGACCUCCUCCGUUUGGGUCCAGCUGGGUGAAGCGAUACUGCACGUACAUAAAGGAACAGAAGUUACUGAACAUGAUGACCUUCGACCACAGGUCCGGAGGCAAGAUUGGUGAGAUAGAGUCCGUCACCCUCAAGUCCUGCUUAUGGAAAAAUAAUGAUGUUUUUGACCGGAGGUUUUGCUUAGACAUUGAGACAACUGACCGCCCGGGGCUGGUCCUCACCGUCCAGGCCCUCUCAGAAGAUGACCGCAAGUUUUGGACGCAGGCCAUGGGCGGGAAGGACCCCAUGCGCUGUAUUAGAACCUACUCAAAACAAAGAGGAAUUGAUGCAGAGCUGGAUGAAGUUGGAUUUUCCUUUGUGAAUAACUGUGUCAAUGCCAUCGAGAAAAGAGGAAUCUGCGACCAGGGGUUGUACAGAGUCGUGGGAGUCAGCUCUAAAGUUCAAAGGCUCUUAAGUAUGAUGAUCGAAGAGAAGACCGGGGACGAGGUGGACUUGUCUGUGACAGACGACUGGGACAUCAAAACCAUAACCAGCGCGUUAAAGCUGUACUUGAGGAGUCUCCCUGAACCUCUGAUGACCUAUGGGCUUUACAAAGAGUUUAUAGUCCCGGCAAAAUGCGGAAGCCCAGAGUCGAGACUGGAAGCGAUCCACUACCUGGUUCACCAGCUCCCAGAAAAGAACAGAGACCUGCUGGGUAUAAUGAUGCAACAUCUGUCCAAUGUGGCUGCUAACAGUAACCAGAACCUGAUGACGGUGGCUAACCUGGGCGUGGUCUUCGGGCCCACGCUCAUGAGGCCCCAGGAGGAGACCGUAGCCGCCAUCAUGGACCUGAAGUUCCAGAACAUUGUAGUGGAGAUCCUCAUCGAGCAGCAUGAGAAGAUUUUCGACAACCCCCCCAGCAUGUCACCCUCAGAGGAGGACUCCUCCCUCUCCGCCCCGGCCCGGCAGUCCAAGACGCGGCAGAGCCGCCAGAAGAGGCCCCUGGCCGUGUACAACCCGCAGGUGCUGGAUAUACAAGCAGGGACCACGCCCGCGCCCGCCACCAACGCGGCCGUGACCAACGCGGCCGUGACCAACGCGGGCGUGACCAACGCGGCCGUGACCAACGCGGCAGUGACAGACGAGGCCUCGCUGGGCAGCACGGACUCCGUGUCGUCCCAGUCCUCCGCCAACACCGCCUCCACGUCCGGCUCCCCGCUCGAGGAGGCCCAGAAGCACCUCAACUCCAAUGGAGGGACCCCUGUGGACAGCGUCGGAGCUCGGACCUCGAUGGUGUCGUGGGAGCUGAAGAUGGAGCCCGGCAUCACCAUUGCUGAGACGGUCGCCUCACCCGUCACCACCCCGAACGAGCUGCAGGGAGAGAGUGUCACCAGCAGGAAGGCCAAGGCGGUUUACCCCUGUGAGGCGGAGCACGACACGGAGCUGUCCUUUCAGAUCGGGGCCAUAUUCCACGGCGUGAUCUACUCCAGAGAGCCAGGCUGGCUGGAAGGGGAGCUGGAGGGCAAGCGUGGCCUCAUCCCAGAAAAUUACGUGGAGCUUCUGUAGCCCCGAGAGAGCCCGUCUGUGUCCCUAUGCAUGGUAUCCAUGAGUUUAUCUACACAUAGACCUUUUCUUCGUCAACACGUGCAUACUUUUUUAUGCUUUUAUUUUUUCCCCACUGACAAUUUACUGUAUAUCCGUCGAUCGACGCACAGACCCAGAAACUGCCAAUGAAAAUGCAGUGGUGGUUUUUUCCGUUGAAACAAGACAAAGAAUAGUUCGGCGGGAGAAAAAAAAGCCGCACGAACGGUGCUGAUAUGUACUUUUUUAAAGCCACAAAUGUGAACGUGGCUGACCUUUGUUAUUGUUGUGUUUUAAAUCCAGUUGAAACGGAUAACGUUGUCGUUUUUAAGUGUUCGGAACUAUUGCACGUUUUGGUCUUUGUUUUGUGAUCCGCGAUGAUUACAUGGACACGUUGCAUGUGGUGCACUAUAUAUUAUAACCGCAGUUACAUUUACAAAAAAAUGGAAAAUAUCUUGCAUGAGAUCAGUGACUUGUGCUAAAGGCCACCCUGCUUUUCCAGCGUUUCUGUCUGCAGGCUGAUUGGCUUCCUCUUGAGAUCAGACUCGUAGGAAUAUUGAUUGAGUCGAUAGCUCUUUCUAUAAUAUUGUGUUUGAUCAAGGGAUGCAGGAUAAAUGACCGCAGGCUCUCUUGCAUGUGUAUAAGGCUAUAUGACUGAAAUUAUUUCUAUAUGUGCACUCCUGCCCUGUUCCGUUGAAUUUUGGUAUUUUCAGCUCAAAAGGGUGCCAGCAAAACCAUUUUAUUAUAAGCUGUGUUACUGUAUAUUAUUUUUUAAAUGAUCACAAGGCAUUUUUCCAAGUCUUACUUUUGUAUUACAUAUUAGAGAAAAAGACCUCAAAUUGAAUUGAUAAAAGUCCAACCUUUUGUAGUUGUUUGAGGUUUUUGAAUUUGUAUCUAUUUCAGGUUGGUGUUCAAUAUUACACGGGUCGUGUACUUGUGCACAACUGCUGAUGGGGAGGAGGGAAGGCGGGGGAGCAAUCUCUCUGAAAGCUGUCCUGUUGUCCGUUUUUGUUUUAAAAUUAAAUCGCAGUAAUUUAUUAAAUUGAUUUAUGAAAUAUA